AUACAUUUUUUUUUAAUGAGUUGCUUGUGAUUUACUGACACUGACUGGUCAUUGCUGAUUCAGUAUGGUAAGGGAACUGAGGCGAAUGACGUCAACUCUUACUUAAUGUUACAUUUUAACUGUAUUUAUCACCAAUAAAUGUUACAAUGUAUAACAUUGUAAAGUUCUGAAAACAUACAGCCGUCUUCGAGUUGACUGGCCCUGUUAUAGUAAACAAUACGCAUCUGUUGUAGUCUACUACAUUCAGUUUUAGUGGACACCGUUAUUCCUGUUGGCUUCAUUUAACCCUCAAUUUGGCAACCAAGAAAUCAUUUUGCGCAAUUUUGUAUCUUAAUUCUCUUGUCUUGCAUUUAUUUAUAGUUUUUAAUACAGUCACUCACUCCCUCUCUCACACAAGCAGACACUUUUAUCAUGUUUUUUCUUAGUCUCUUUUGUUGUUAUUCUAUUUUUCACAGUGGAUUUCUUGUGUUAUAUUUAUUAAACUUUAAAUAUUAUAUUUGGUAAGAGUGAUGUCUUUAAAAAAAAUCACGAUUCUCAAUUAAACUUAGAAAAAUGCAAAAGAGAAGUGGUCUUUUGGAACCCACUUUAACAUCCCACCUGUGCAUUGUAUUAUGUAAAACAGUGAGGCUGGUUGAGAUGUGCAGAAGUCAAUCAGGUGUGCAGGACCUGUUGACACUGCUUUUAUUAAAAAAAAAAAAAAAAAAAAAAAAAAAACUGCAUGCAUGUUUACUACUGGUGUUAUUUCUCUGAAGAGCAUUGGCUGGGAGGAGCUUUCAGUCAACGUUUUCUGGCCUCUGGCACUGCUCCCGUGUCUAUCAGGGGGUUUCAAGUUUUGCUCACAGCCAUUUCACAUGGCCAGCUUGUGAGGACGUCACUGUUUUGGCUUUAUUUGGCAGUGGGAGUUGACUUCAGCACUAAUGAUAGAGGGUCCCUGCAGACGGGCUGCAAUAAAAAGGGCUCCUCUGUUAAAACUGUCUUACUGCUUUGGGAUCCAUGAAUAGAUAAAGACUUGAGAAAGACUCAUUCAGACCCACCCAGCAGCUGAGCUGGAGCUCGGAUGGAGGACUGUGAGGAUUUUCUGGAAGGGAAAAAGCACAGUGAGCACUCUUCGUGCAGUGUUCUGGAAUACAAUGAUCUUGAGGCUGCUGAAGCUCUGGUCUACAUGAGCUUCUGGAGUCAGAUGUCUCCAAAACCCAACACCUUCAAACCUCGCCCUCUCACACCAGCUUCAGACUCCUGCGAUUCUUUCCCGCCCCCCGAACCACCAGAGAUCCAGAGGGACUUCGUCUCGCUCUCCUCACUGUGCAUGACCCCACCACACAGCCCCAGCUUUACUGAGACCUCCAACACCACAUCAGUGCCGGCCUCCCCAUCACCACUUACCCGCUCCUGUCUCAGCCUCCCCAGCCCGAGAUCUGCAUGCCCCACCAUGGCCUCCAUCACUCAGGACCCCACAGAAAAGACCGCACCCCUGCCUUGCAGAGCCAUGGCAACCAGCGUAAUACGGCACACGGCCGACAGCUCCCUGUAUCAGAACAUUCCACAAAAGACUGUUCCUUCAUCAUCAUCGCCCACCCUGACCUGCCAAACCCAGACCGACAACAUGCCACCAUGCCAAAACAGCAGCAGACUUCCUUCUAAGGAUGAUAAGUGCUUCAUUACAUCAUCUCCUCAGCCACCGCCCCCAACCUCUAGUCCACCAAUCAUAUGCCAGAUGUUCCCGGUGGGCCAACCUGGAGUCAUCUCAGCGACGUUCAUUCAGAAGCCCAGCCCUGGGGUGAAGUCUAUCUUGCCACAGCCGCUCCUGAUGGGCUCUCCGGUGCCUCAGGGGACGGUGAUGUUCGUGAUGCCCCAGUCACCGGUGUCUUCGGCUCCACAGUGCCAACAGACUGUUAUGACACUAGGCAACACCAAGCUCCUGCCUCUGGCUCCCGCGCCUGUUUACAUGCCCUCGGGGCAGAGCAGCAUCACGCAGGUCGACUUUUCCCGCAGGCGCAACUACGUCUGUAAUUUCCCUGGUUGUCAGAAGACCUAUUUCAAAAGUUCUCACCUAAAGGCGCAUCUCAGAACCCACACAGGAGAGAAACCUUUUAGCUGCAACUGGGAUGGCUGCGAUAAGAAAUUCGCACGCUCCGAUGAGCUCUCUCGGCAUCGGCGAACGCACACGGGCGAAAAGAAGUUUGUCUGCCCGGUGUGUGAUCGAAGGUUUAUGCGAAGCGACCACCUCACCAAGCACGCACGGCGACACAUGACCACCAAGAAGAUCCCAUCCUGGCAAACAGAGGUGCGGAACCUUAACAAGAUCACCGCUGCCAAGGCCUUGCCCACUGGCACAGCACUACCGGUCAGCAUGUUGCUGCCAGCCUCAAACUGACUUUGAUGGAGACUGAACUCUAAACCCUCACCAAUGUUAUGCAGGGACUCAUGUUAUGAGGGCAAGGCUGCUUAUUCUCUCAUGGGCAAAAACGUUAUUAUGCACUGGACUCCUGUCUUCUUUGCUGCACAUAUUUCACACAUUUUGUUUACUAUUGUGUAAAAGAUUUAUGCACUCUUUUUGCCAGUCUUUGUACUAUGUUUGUCUUAAAUUUUCUUACUUUUUCCUCUUCAUUUUUUUUGUACAUAUCUAAUGGAAAUGUAUGAUGUAUGCUAAACUACACAAAAUUUGAAAAAAGAAUUUAUAUAUAUACUACACUGUGAUUAUCAUAUAAUACAUUUAUUUAAUACUCCUUUUUUAUUAAACAAUGAAGAUUAA